UUUCUUAUGAUUGAAAGUUUGCUCCAGCGUUUGAUGUUUUUCAGGAAAGCGGAUGCCGAGUUGGACCAGAUCGAAAAACAAAUAAAUGAAAGGAAAGAAAUUGCUCGAAAGCUCGUUGGGACACAUGACGACGCUAUCUGUCAAAUUUGCCAGCGAACAAAAUUUGCCGAUGGUAUAGGUCACAAAUGUUUUUAUUGCCAGCUGCGAAGCUGUGCUCGAUGUGGUGGACGAUCUCAGAGCAAGAACAAGGCAAUAUGGGCAUGCUCAUUAUGUCAGAAACGUCAGCAAAUUCUUGCAAAAACCGGAAAAUGGUUUCAACCGGAUGAAGCUCAGCACAAGACAAGUAACGCUGGUCGUGAAAUGCAGCGGCUGCAGCACAUCCAUUGCCACAUCCUGAAACUGCGGACACGAGUAGAGCAAACAACAAGGUAA